UUAUCUGGAAAUUACUGGGGUUUACUGCGUGGGGUUAAGAGGGCCUGGAUUGGGAGGAGGGAUUUAGACCCAGGAUUUAGCACACUUGCAUGGCUCUUUGGCUGGCUUUGGGCCUCAGGAUGGCUUUCUUUCAGCACUAGGCAUGGUGUCUAAAAUUUCAAACUAAGCCUUUGUCUGUAGAGGACUCGUUUGGGGGUGAGAGGAAUAGGAAGAAAGUAUUAGCUUUAUGCAAGAUGGGAGAGAGCCUAUGGAAAUGGGGUACGACAGAUGAACCUGGACGAGAGCUAUCUUCACAAAUAGUGUUGGCUUGGCAGCCAUUCUUCCCUCGGUGUGGGCUUCUCUUAUAGCUGAUGGUUAGGCCCUUCUGAGUUCAGUGUCUGAGGCCAGUGUGCUUAUGGACUCGGGGUUUCCAGUGGCUGCUUGCUUGGUGCUUUUCAUUGGGAUUUCCGAGCCGCCAUGAAGGAAUUAAGCUCCCCAAGAACUUGAAAGGAGGGCGCCUCCCUUCAUCACAGCCAGGAAUGGAGGGGCUGGAUCACUAUUCCAAUUCGGGGGCUCGGGGCGGGGUCCACCGCCACUGCAGCCGCGACUGCUCAGCCCGGGAAAGGGGGGGCAGCAUAGGCCCAGCCCCCCAGAAGGAGGGGCUGGGCAGUGUGGCCGGUUUGUCCCCGCCCUUCCCCGGAGCCGCUACAUAAGUGGCUCCCGCACCUCCCCCGACUCAGUGAGUUACUUACCUCGACUCUUAGCUUGUCGAGGGCUGUAACGAGAACCCGGGGAUCCCUCUUCCUGCUGUCGCAACCGCUGCUUAACCCAUUAACCACCAUGCGUGAGUGCAUCUCUAUCCACGUUGGCCAGGCUGGUGUCCAGAUUGGCAAUGCCUGCUGGGAGCUGUACUGCCUGGAACAUGGUAUCCAGCCUGAUGGGCAGAUGCCAAGUGACAAGACCAUUGGGGGAGGAGAUGACUCCUUCAACACCUUCUUCAGCGAAACGGGGGCUGGCAAGCAUGUCCCCAGAGCAGUGUUUGUAGAUCUGGAACCAACUGUCAUUGAUGAAGUUCGUACUGGAACUUACCGCCAGCUCUUCCAUCCUGAACAGCUGAUCACUGGCAAGGAAGAUGCUGCCAAUAACUAUGCCCGUGGGCACUACACUAUUGGCAAGGAAAUCAUCGACCUUGUUCUAGACAGGAUUCGGAAACUGGCGGAUCAGUGCACAGGUCUUCAAGGCUUCUUGGUUUUCCACAGCUUUGGUGGUGGGACUGGCUCUGGUUUCACCUCUCUGCUGAUGGAAAGGCUGUCUGUUGAUUAUGGCAAGAAGUCCAAGCUGGAGUUCUCCAUUUACCCAGCCCCACAGGUUUCCACUGCUGUGGUAGAGCCCUACAACUCCAUUCUGACCACUCACACCACCCUGGAGCACUCUGAUUGUGCCUUCAUGGUAGACAAUGAGGCUAUCUAUGAUAUCUGUCGCAGAAACCUUGAUAUCGAACGUCCAACCUACACUAAUCUAAAUCGCCUUAUUAGUCAAAUUGUGUCCUCCAUCACUGCCUCUCUGAGAUUUGAUGGUGCCCUGAAUGUUGAUCUGACAGAAUUCCAGACCAACUUGGUGCCCUACCCCCGAAUCCAUUUCCCCCUGGCCACAUAUGCCCCAGUCAUCUCUGCUGAGAAAGCCUACCAUGAGCAGCUUUCUGUAGCAGAGAUCACCAAUGCUUGCUUUGAGCCUGCCAACCAGAUGGUGAAAUGUGACCCUCGCCACGGUAAAUACAUGGCUUGCUGCCUGCUGUACCGUGGGGAUGUGGUGCCCAAAGAUGUCAAUGCCGCCAUUGCUACCAUCAAGACAAAGCGAAGCAUCCAGUUUGUGGAUUGGUGCCCAACUGGCUUCAAGGUUGGCAUCAAUUACCAGCCUCCCACUGUGGUUCCUGGUGGUGACCUGGCCAAGGUACAGAGGGCUGUGUGCAUGCUGAGCAACACUACAGCCAUUGCUGAGGCCUGGGCUCGCCUGGACCACAAGUUUGAUCUGAUGUAUGCCAAGCGUGCCUUUGUUCACUGGUAUGUGGGGGAGGGCAUGGAGGAAGGAGAGUUCUCUGAGGCACGGGAGGAUAUGGCAGCCCUGGAGAAGGAUUAUGAGGAGGUUGGGGUGGAUUCUGUUGAAGGAGAGGGUGAAGAGGAAGGAGAAGAGUAUUAGUUCCCCCUGCCAUACAAUUGCAGCAUGUUUCAUCCAAAACUCAUCAGCUUAAACACGCUUAGCUUAUCUGUUAGGCGACUGUUUUGAAAGGUACCAUGAUGGAUCAGGAAUAAAGAAAGAGAAAGGUCAGAGUUGUAGACUCCAAAAAACAUCUGUACCUCUAUUCAUGAAAAAUGAUAUCAAGAAAAUGCUCAGUAGACAUGGCAGGCACUGAAAAACAUCAUGAGGAAAGAAAUCAAUUCUAUUUCAAUGAUAGGAAAUGACUCAUUAAUGAUGUGGGGAUAAUUCUUGAAUCAGCUGUAUCAGUAUGGUCACAUCACAGACUAGUUUGGCAAAGAAAGUAUGAAGACUGGAGAAUAGGAUUAAAAGAAAGAAGGUACCAUGGUGGUAUGAAGGCAGCCUUGAUAGUACAGCUAGCAAUCUGGUUAGUUUGUCUACACUGUCAAAACUGUGAUCAUGUCUAAGUUUUUCAUAUGUGUGUAAAAUUCCCAUCAUGUCUGAAAUUAAAGGCUUUAAGAAAACAUGCA